UCAAACAGUCAACACACAAGUCCCUUCCCAAUAGCAAGGAAAUGGAUGAGACCACAGCCAUGCCCUCGAAAGCGGAGCUUCUGCAAGCCGAGGCAGAGGCAGAGCUCUAUUCCCACACCUUUGGCUACCUCAAGUCCAUGGCAUUGCAAAGCGCCGUGAAGCUUGGAAUCCCUAAUGUCCUCCAUCGCUGCGGCGGCGCCGCCACAUUGCCCGAGCUGCUCUCUACCCUUCCCCUCCAUCCAAGCAAGCGCCCCUACCUGUCCCGCCUCAUGAAGAUGCUAGCCGCGGCGGGAAUCUUCACGGCCGAGGAAGCUCCUGCCGCGCCAAGCGGCGGCGACGACGGGGCACCGACCACGGUGUACCACCUCAAUGCACUGUCACGUCUCCUGGUGGACCACGCCGAUGUGAACCGCAGCCCAUGCAUGUCGCCAUCCGUGCUCCUGGCCACCACCAACCUUUUUGUGUCGGCCUCCUUACAGCUGCACCAGUGGCUCCUCAGCGAGGAGGGGGCCACGGCGGAGUCGCCGUUCAUGAUGGCGCACGGCGGGAGCUUGUUUGACGUCGGUAGCCAUGACGCCGAGUUGAACGCGGUGUUCAACAGCUCCAUGGGUCCCAGCAGCGACUUCGUCGCCGCCCUUGUUGUUCGCGAAUGCAGAGAGGUGUUCGUGGGGAUAACGUCGCUGGUCGACAUUGGCGGUGGGAAGGGCACCACGGCGAGGACGAUCGCCGAGGCUUUCCCGCAUAUCACGUGCUCCGUGUUGGACCUCCCACAGGUGGUACAAGGAAUACCGCCAAAUGGAGCCGUUGAGUUUGUUGCCGGUGACAUGAGGGAGUUCGUGCCACCCGCUGAUGCUCUUCUCCUAAAGUAUGUGCUGCACAACUGGAGCGAUCAGGAGUGCGUGAAGAUCCUGACACGGUGCAGAGAGGCCAUUUCCCAUGGAGCGAAAGCCGGUAAGGUGAUAAUCAUAGACACUGUGGUUGGAUCUCAGUCACAGAAAAUAAUCGAAUGCCAAGCCACCAUGGAUCUGUCCAUGAUGAUGUUAUUCAACGGUAAAGAACGGGACGAGCACAACUGGCACAGCCUGUUCAUCGAAGCGGGAUUUAGUCGUUACAAGCUUCACAACGUGGUUGGAAUGCGGUACCUCAUCGAAGUCCACCCGUAGUCUGCUUGUCCAACAAUAUUUGCAACGGAGCCUGUGCUCAUGCCUCCAGACGUACUACAUAUAUUUGCUUAGCUUUCGCACACCUUAAAGUCGGCAUGUUCUGCUCUAUAUAUUCCAGGCAAUGUACCUAUAUAUAUGCCCGAAAUUUGUAUCCUACGCGUUUGGUUCUGUCGUCCAUCAUUUGUGGCAAAGACUAUGAGAAUAAAAUAUAGUUUUACAAUACAAAGGUGUAGGUGAUCAUGAGCUCCAGGUGACUGUGAGAUGAAUCAAGGUCUCGAGCCGACUAUUGUCGCACGAAA